AUGGGGAGCGGCCCCGCUGACCUCGAGCGGCUGCCGCUGAAGGAGCCCCCCGAGCACUCCGUCAGCGCCGACGAGUCGCCCAGCUCCGAAGCCUUCAUCUCCAAACGUGCCAGCGCCGAGAUGACGCGGAGACACAAGAGGAAUUACGUCUAUGACAGCAGCGUCCAGGGAGCUGCACCCGCCUGGAACCCGCUGGAGGCCAAGCGCGAGGUGUGCGAGCUGAACCCCGACUGCGACGAGCUGGCCGACCACAUCGGCUUCCAGGAGGCUUACCGGCGCUUCUACGGCCCCGUUUAGCCCCCCCCCGGUGGCACCGUGGUCCCGUGGGUGCCGUGCCCCGGGCCACCCUUCGUUAAUGCUCCCCUCCAUUAAUUGUGGAAAGAAAUAAAAGCUCACACCGUGCA